CAGAGAGUGUCGUUACUCCACCUGUGUUAUCAGCUAGCGGCUCGGCCAGUCGGCAAAUCUUAUUAGUUAGCUAAUGAAGCUAGCCAGAUUAACGGUUAUCAUCGUUACCUGACGUUAGCUCACUCCAGCUAGCUUAGUAACUAAUACGUGUAAACACCUGCCAGGGGUUUCAGGUGUACGGAGUUUUCUCCCUAGACUGCAGUGAGGACAACGGACGUUUGACUUCGUUUCAGAGCCCGUGCGGGGCGGGCUGCUAAUGGCGGGCGUGUUGUGUUUGACAGCCGCAGCAGCAUCACAGAUGGAGACAUAAACCCCGCCGAUGGAGAGGAAGAGCUCUGGAGAUGACAGCGGAGGAGAGCGAGGCCUGCUCCACACCUGGAAGGGCUACUCCUACAGCGUCACCCCAGACAGGCUGCUCCUCCCCGGGCCUGUGCUGCAGGUCGCCCUGGGCACGCGCCAUGGUGUCCUGCUGGUGGAAGGAGGGCUGGUGUACAGUUUCGGGGAGUUGCCGUGGAAGCAGAGUCAAGUGCCGGAUUCCGCGAAGCCCACGGUGGAGGGAGCGCUCAGCGGCCAGCGGGUGGUCGCCGUUGCCGCCGGAAGCUUCCACAGCGGGGCCGUCACAGAGGACGGAGGCGUCCACAUGUGGGGGGACAACGCUCUGGGGCAGUGCGGCUUGUCGGGCCUCAGCACUGUCCCAAACCCGACUCCGGUCGCCCUAGUGGACGCUGAAGCUGCCCCCCCGCAGACUGUCCCGGUGCUGGAGCUUGCCUGCGGGGGGCAGCACACUCUGGCGCUGUCGGCCCAGCGGGAGGUGUGGGCGUGGGGCAGCGGUUGUCAGCUGGGCCUCAACGUCGCCGUCUUCCCUGUCUGGAAACCGCAGAAGGUCGAGCACUUGGCGGGGAGGUAUGUGUUACAGCUGGCCUGCGGGGGCUCGCACAGCCUGGCUCUGGUGCGCUGCUUGGGCCCCCAGGACGUCCACAGGCCCCUGGUGGACAAAUGCAGGCAGUGUAACCAGCUGCUGUACACCAUGACGGAUAAAGAGGACCAUGUCAUCAUCUCCGACGGUCACUACUGCCCCCCUGGCGUGGAGCUGACCGAGGAUGAGGGCAGGCGGGAGGCUCCUCCGCCGACACAAGGCCUCAAAAUGUCCCCUUCUGAGCCGCUCCUCUCCUCCCGUACCUCCACCUCAAACUCCCUGGCACCUACCGACGGGGUUGUCCCCACUCAGGACUCGGAGAAAGAGGAGUCAGCCGCGACGGACGGGCCCCUGACAGCCUCGGACUCCGCCCCCCCGUCUCGGGCCGGAGGCGGGGCUGUUUCGGGGGUCAAGAGUUCACUUUAUCCAGAUGAGCAGGCCGUCAAAGAGUAUCUGAAGAAACUGUCGCAGGCUGAGCAGAUGGCGAAGGCGUCUGCUGGAGGAACGCUGCCCCCAGCGGGAGGGCUGACCCCCGCCAGCUCCACGCUCAACAGCCUGGUGGCCUCCUGCGCCUCGGCCGUGGGCGAGCGGGUCGCCUCCACCUACGAGGCCCUGUCCCUCAAAAAGAUGAUGAACUACCUGCCGAGGUCCGGCAGCCCGGCGGCGGGGGGGCUAACGGGCGUCGUCGCUGACAACACGGCCGAGCGCGUCCGCCUGGAGGACUCCAUGCAGGCGAAGAAGAGCUCCAGCACGGGGGACAUCCGCGAGGAGGAGGCGGAGGGUCUGCGGCGCCGCCUCUCGCUACCGGGACUCCUCUCUCAGGGUAGAUGCGCAGUUCAGCUCUUAUCCACCUCUUAUGCGCUGCUGCUGUCCCCGCGGCUCCUGAGGAAAGCCUGCCUUCCGAGGAUGCGCGCCGUCGCCCUCACCCCGCUGGGGGGGGCGGUUCCCGAGGCACAGGAGCUGUUUCCCACCCUGCAGACCGAGGUGUGGAGUUGGGGCCGCGGCGAGGACGGACAGCUGGGACACGGAGACGCUCUGGACAGAUCACAGCCGCUGUGCAUCAAGAGUCUGAACGGUAAGGAGGUGGUGCGUUUGGCGGCCGGCGCUCAUCAUUCCCUCGCUCUCACCGCUCAGUCCCAGGUGUUUACUUGGGGAAGCAACAGCUUUGGUCAGCUUGGACACAUGGAGUCACCCAGCACUGUGCCUCGCCUCGCCAAGCUGUCAGAGGGGAUCCGGGUCUGGGACAUGAGCGCUGGAGAGAGACACACCCUCCUGCUCGCAGACGGAGACUGCUUCCGGCCCAUCAUCUAUUACAGCGGACAGCAGGUGAAGGAGGAGGCGGCGGAGGGCAACGCCAAGGAGCUGGGUCAACAGGAAGUGGAGGAGGAGGAGCGGCCGGGGAGCUACACCCAGCAGCCCGUUCUGUUGCCCUUCUGCAUGGACCUCGGUUAUGUGAGCAACGUGUCCGCGGGCGGCCAGCGCUGCGUGGCCCUCUCCGACAUGAACGUGAUGGGCUUCAUCGCCAGCCUCCACGAGCUGGCCUCGGCCGAGAGGCGCUUCUACUGCAAGCUGUGCAACAUCAAGACGCAGAUAAUACGCCCCCUGCUGGAGCUGGAGUCUCUGGGUUCGACUCUCGGCCCGGCGGCCACGGGGCUCCUGCACACUUUGGUGGGCCGGUUCAGCCUCCUGUGUCACCUGACGGGGCAGCACGCCGCCAGCCUCACCGCCAACCUGCGCCGCGUCCGCGACGUCAGCACCCUGCUGCUGCUGGACCACGGCAGCAUCUUCCUGGACUCUUACAGCGAGUACUGCAGCGCUGUGGGCAACUUCCAUGUGAUGGGAGGCUUCCAGACCCUGACCAAACCCUCACUAGAUUUCUUUGGGAAGAGUCCAGAGCUGCUCAAGAGGCUGUCCGAGUGCAGCGAGGAGAACCCCACCAUGGCCGACCUCCUGGUGGUGCUCUUCUACCUUCCAACGCGCCACCUGCACGAGUACGCCCGGCUGCUGCUCAAACUGGUCACCUGCUUCGAAGUGAGCUCCGAUGACUACCAGCGGCUGCAGGACAGCUGCUCCAAGUUUGAAGCUUUAGAUCUCCAGCUGAAGAGAAAGAGGAAGGACGCCGACAACACCUUACACUUCUGGAAGAGCUUCCCGGGCAAAAUGACGGACUCUCUGAGGAAGCCCGGACGCCGGUUGAUCUGCGAGAGCAGCAACAAAGCGCUGACGCUGCAGAACGCCGGAAGGUUCUCCGUCAACUGGUUCAUCGUCUUCAACGACGCUCUGGUUCACGCACAGGGCGUGGCGCCUUGUAAAAAUCUUUUCUCCACCCACCACGUCUUCCCGUUGGCCACGCUUUGGCUGGAGCCGAUUCCAGAGGAGAACCCCGGCCUACAUGGACUAAAGAUGAUCACACCAGAGGAGACGUUCACCGUGCUCGCCUCCUCUCCCACAGAGAAGACCAAGUGGCUCCGCUCCAUCAACCAGGCGGUGCACCGGGCCCUGGGCGGGCCGGGCCAGAAGGCGGAGCCUCCCGCCUCCAGGACGGCGUCUUACGCCUUUUAUAAGGACGGGCGGCUGAAGGAGGCCACGUACGAAGGGAGCUGGCUCAACGGGAAGCCCGACGGCAGAGGUGUGUUAAAAUGGCCUGACGGGAGAAUAUAUACGGGGGGGUUCAAGAACGGGCUGGAGGACGGCUUCGGGGAGUUUGUGGCUCCCAACAAGUCGCUGAACAAGAACGAUCAGUAUGUCGGUCACUGGAAAGACGGCAAGAUGCACGGCCUCGGGACCUACAGCUAUGCCAGCGGGGAGGUUUACGACGGAUCCUUCCAGGACAGCAUGCGACACGGACACGGCGUGCUGCGCAGCGGCAAGCUCAACACCUCCUCCCCCAGCGUCUUCAUCGGCCAGUGGCUGCAGGACAAGAAGACCGGCUACGGCGUGUUCGACGACAUCACAAAAGGGGAGAAGUACAUGGGCAUGUGGCAGGAUCACACGCGGCAGGGAAACGGCGUCGUGGUCACUCAGUUUGGCCUUUAUUACGAAGGAGCCUUCAAAGACAACAAGAUGAUGGGCACCGGGAUCCUCCUUUCAGAGGACGACACCACGUACGAGGGGGAGUUCUCUGACGACUGGACCCUUAGUGGCAAGGGAACGCUGACGAUGGCUAACGGGGACUACCUGGAGGGGUCCUUCGGGGGCGAAUGGGGCUCGGGCCUCAAAGUGACGGGAUCCUACUUCAAGCCACACCUGUUCGAUACCGACAAGGAGAAGAGCAUCGCCGUGAAGUUGGGGCGUCUGUGUGUGUGCGCGGAGGACAAGUGGCAGGCGGUGUUUGAGGAGUGUUGGAGUCAGCUGGGCUGCGAGGCGGCGGGUUGCGGAGAGAACACAAAGGCCUGGGAGAACAUCGCCGCGGCCCUCACCACCAGCCGACAACUCCUCCAGGACAGCCCGGAGAUGUUGUCUCGGAGCCACAGCAGAACCUUGGAGGGUCUGGAGGUCGUCCCGCAGCACGCUGGCCCGAUCACCAUGGAGAGGUAUCACGCCAUCCGCCUCUACCUCCUCAAGGCGUGCGACACCUCGCUCCACCCGCUGGGUCGGCUGUUGGAGACCCUGGUGGCGGUCUACCGGAUGACCUACGUGGGCGUGGGAGCCAACCGCCGCCUGCUUCCUCAGGCCGUCAACGAGAUAAAGUCUUACUUCAACCGCAUCUUCCAGAUCGUCAGGUUUCUGUUUCAAGACCUGCCGGAGGAAGGCGGCCUGAUCCCCGAGCCGACCGCCGUCCUCCGAGACGAGACGGAGCCGGAGUCUCCAAAGGCCGGCCGCGUGGUGAGCAGCUCGGCCCUGCUGCUCCCCGUCCUGCUCCCCCGUCUCUACCCGCCGCUCUUCACCCUCUACGCGCUGGACAAGGAGAGGGAGGACGACGUGUACUGGGAGUGUGUCCUCCGCCUCAACAAGCAGCCCGACCUGGCGCUGCUCGCCUUCCUGGGAGUCCAGCAAAAGUUUUGGCCUGUUUCCUUUACCGUCGCCGUGCCUGCACCGGGGGAGAUGCAGCAGGUCCUGUCCAGCACCAAGGAUGCCUGCUUUGCCUCCGCCGUGGAAACGCUGCAGCAGAUCAGCACGACGUUCACCCCGUCGGACAAGCUGCAGGUGAUCCAGCUCACCUUUGAGGAGAUCACGCUGGCGGUCCAGGCGCUGGUGAAGCAGGACUUCCUGUGGUCCAUGGACGACCUUUUCCCCGUCUUCCUCUACGUGGUGCUGCGCGCCCGAAUCAGGAACCUGGGGUCAGAGGUCAGCCUGAUCGAAGACCUGAUGGACCCUUGCCUGCAGCACGGAGAGCAUGGGAUCAUGUUCACCACGCUGAAGGCUUGUUACUACCAGAUCCAGCAUGAGAAGAUCACCUAAAGCCAGCGUGGCGUUACUUCAGCCGGGCUUCGGGAUGACGGAUGCAAGCAGCGGCCAAUGUGGAGCAGAGCGUCACUUGAACAGGUUGUUGACGGCUCCACCCGCUGUGGGACCUCCACCUCCAAACUGUGUCCCGUUCUAGUGACCUCUGCUAGAUCACGAGGGUGCACAUGUGAGCCACGUCACACCGAGGUCCCGUUACCUGUGGGGAGCCUCACUGGUCCAUAGCGGUGUUUUCUUUUUUGUGCCAUUUAGAACCGGUUUGCUGUGUUUUUUUUUCUGCUCACAGUCGCACGCUGUGAGAUACCUCACCUCUUCUCACUGCAGAACGACAGUUUUUUCCUGCUUUUGGCAAGAUAACAUUCCUUUUUUUUAUUUCACCUCCAUGAAGAAAGGGACGGAUAUCAAGAGAAAAGACGGAUUGACUGGAUGAUAUUUCCGCCUCACUGCUGCUUAUGACUAUGAGCCUGUUGACUUGAAGACACACGUUUUCCUCAUGGACUUUGAAAGUUGUUCCGUAGAAGCAGAGAUGUACAUCAUAAGGCCUUAAUGCAAAACCAAGCUGAGGAAAAAGCUUUGCAAGAUAAAUGACAAUCUGGUUUUUAAUCAAAAUGCAAAAUAAUGAUUUUGAAGUCAAAUAAAUCAUUUUCUGUGAACACAAUGCUGGACACCCUCAAACCGGCUGCUGGAGAUGCUUUGGAGGAUGGAGGGUUUGAGUUGGUACAGCUCAGGUCUCACCUUCGCCUUCAGAGAUCUCAUCAGACAUCUAAUAACAAUGGUGGUAUUAAUUGUGUUGUUGUGAAUAACACUGUGUUUAUUGCAUGCAGGCAGGGAGAGAAGUCCGCACAUUCUUCAUGAAGCUAACCGCCGUGUGAAGGUCUCACGACACCACUUUACCUGUAAAACCAUGAAUGCACAAGGUGACACUUGGCUUGAUUGUGGGUUCUUUUGUGCUGCAGCAGAGCGGCGAGCAGUUUAAUGUAACCACGGUUUUUAUAGAUGUGAUGUUCAGAGCUGAUUCUCUGCGCCAUCUGUCAAUGCUAACAGUUCUUGUUUUACAGCACUAGCUGUCAGACAUUGUUGGUUAUUUGUGAUUUGCGUCACACAGGCCCGUUUUAUAGAGGGCUUAAGAGAGGAUUCAGAGGAUGACCAGGCUUUUUUAUUUUUAUUAAAAUCAAGGCUUUUGUUUUGUCAGAUGGCUUAACAAAAGCAAAGCCGGUGGAUCGGAAGCCUCUUUUUUUGAAAGGGACUAAAUAUAGGUGAGGCAGCGGUUUUUCCCCUCCAGGAUUUAGGAAAGAUUUAACCUUUUUGUCGUUGACCGUGCGUUUAUUAAAACCGAUAUUGGGUUUUAUUUUGGAAACGAUGGGUAAAGGUCAAGAGCAGUCAUAAUGAAAACAGUAACCAAUCGGAAAUGUUAUGAAGUGCGGUUGAAUUUGAACAUGAUCUCCUUGUAGUAGUACGUGGACGUCUGCGUGCGUUGGGCCUCUCUCACUUUUAUGACUGUUUCAUGAGCUCUUGUUGCUGCGUAUGAGCCUGACCUUUAAUCAGAGGGUCUCUGUAGCUCAGGAGUUCAUUCCCAAGAUGCUUAUAUUUCUUUGUCGUGUCACUAAAGUUCCUUUUAAGAUUACUGCUGAAGUAACUGACUUGCAAACCAAACUGAUAUUCUUGUGAAGGUUGUUCCUGAACUGACUGACGUACAUGUUGUGGUAUUUUAAAUCCAAACUGAAGAGAAUGUCCAUAAGCUCAUGUUUACUAUGAAAUUGAAAAAAUGUUUAUUUGUUAACGUGUCUCUAUUACGUGUGUUUAAACCUUUAAAUAAUGACAGAAGGCAAUAAACUCAUUUGAUGGACGUUGAUAAUGAA